UAACGUUCAUUCAGUCUUCUUUUUUUGUCGAUGGCAUGGUGCUAAGCAGCUACGGCAGGAGCAACGACAAUCAUCGACAAUUCAAAUUGAAUUCGGAUAUCUAAUGGGAAAUAGUUGACUGAAGCGGAUUUUUUGAAGCAAGUGUCAACUAUUAAGUAUUGAGCAACGCAAAUAGACUGACUUUUGCCCAUUAUUUCCCAAGGUUAGCUAGCUAGCUGAUAGCCGAUUAAGUGCUAUCGCUAAACUAGUUUAGCUAACUGUUACUCAGGAUCCCGCUAUCACUUACUCCUCCCUUGAGUAAUAGGUAUUUGUAAUAAAGACGACGAGAGUUGAGGGAUAACAUGGCAGAAGCCGACAAACUGAACAUCGACUCCAUCAUUCAGCGUCUGCUGGAAGUGAAAGGCUCCAGACCAGGCAAAAAUGUCCAGCUGACAGAGAAUGAAAUCCGGGGUCUUUGCCUCAAAUCCAGGGAGAUCUUCCUCAGCCAGCCAAUCCUGCUCGAACUUGAGGCGCCUCUCAAGAUUUGUGGGGAUGUUCACGGGCAGUACUACGACCUGCUAAGGCUCUUUGAAUACGGCGGCUUCCCACCAGAGAGCAACUACCUGUUCCUGGGAGACUAUGUCGACAGAGGCAAGCAGUCGCUGGAGACCAUCUGCCUGUUGCUGGCGUACAAGAUAAAAUACCCAGAAAACUUCUUUCUUCUGAGGGGCAACCACGAGUGUGCCUCCAUUAACAGGAUAUAUGGCUUCUACGAUGAGUGUAAGCGGCGGUACAACAUAAAGCUGUGGAAGACCUUCACUGACUGUUUCAACUGUUUGCCUGUUGCUGCCAUUGUUGAUGAGAAGAUCUUCUGUUGCCAUGGAGGCCUAUCUCCAGAUCUGCAAUCUAUGGAGCAGGUGCGAAGGGUCAUGCGGCCCACCGACGUGCCUGACCAGGGCCUUUUGUGUGACUUGCUGUGGGCCGACCCUGACAAGGACGUGCUGGGCUGGGGCGAGAACGACCGCGGCGUCUCCUUCACAUUUGGUGCAGAUGUGGUCACCAAGUUUCUCCACAAACACGACAUGGACCUCAUCUGCCGGGCCCAUCAGGUGGUCGAGGAUGGCUAUGAGUUCUUUGCAAAGAGGCAGCUUGUCACACUGUUCUCUGCCCCAAACUACUGCGGGGAGUUUGACAAUGCGGGCGCCAUGAUGAGCGUGGAUGAAACCCUCAUGUGCUCAUUCCAGAUCCUCAAACCUGCAGACAAGAAGCUGUUCUACGGAGGGGGAGGUGGCAUGGGCUCCGGCCGCCCAGUCACCCCCCCAAGAAAAGCUAAGAAAUGACAGCAGUAGUCUGCCCUUGACCUCUGACCCAUCUUUCCUGCCCUCUCUACCUCUCUUUCUCCUUUCUUUCACCAAACAGCCAGAAAUCAAACCUUUACCCAGGGCUUUUUUCCCCUUUUUUAUCUGUACUUAUUAAAAACAUUUAAUGUUACGAAAUUGUCAGAAUGAGUGUGUGCACGUGCAGGUGACACAUGUGCCCCGUCUGCCAGUGAGCAUUGAAAGGUGUGCACGUGUACGUUUGGUAUGAGAGUAUUAGCGAUUUCUACUUUCCCCUGUCUUCUCUCUUGCCACGCUACCUGUGAAGAGUUUGAAACCACAGUUUGUCUGUACAGUAAUUUGACUGAAAAAGCUGGCAAGCAUUUGCCGCUGUGACAUUUUAGGCAGCAGACCCCUGCCAGUAGAUCUUUGGGGGUGGGGGGUAUUUUUUGUUUUCCCAGUCCUCUGUACUGUAAAAUCUCCACAUGUGUGCGUGCGUGUGUCCACGCGGCGUCUCGCCCCCCUGCCGACCCGCGCCACGUCACACCUUCCCUCGCACGUGCGCACACAUGCACAACUCUUCAGAUUCAUAUGAGCCAGAGCUGUAAAAAAAAACCAUACAGUUUAGGUUUGUACAGAUUUGAUUACUUGAAAGAGAUUUUUUUGUGACUUCGUUUUGUAGUCUUUCAUCAAGUUGACCAAUAAAGCGAGAAUCUGAACUACA